UCGCAUGGAGGGGUCCUCUUCUCCACAGGCCCUCCCGCUAUAACUGUCGAAUGCCUCACAACGCUCCCUCAUUUCUAAGCAGCCUCGUUUUCCAGCUUUGCUUGUCUGGUUAAUCACUUACCCGGCACUGAGAUCCCCUGCCUUCCUCCCCUGUCGCAUACCGCUACGUCCAAUUAGCAAUCAGCCUUGCGUUGUCAAAGUUCGACUAUACCGGUGUUGUUGAUCAUGUCGAGCUUCUACAUUGAAAACAAAAAUGUGGGAAACAGGACUGCAAGUGAAGAUUGGCGCGUUCGUGGAUACAAUCCUUUAACGCCACCGGACCUCCUUCAACAUGAGAUCCCCCAGACCCCCAAUUCAAAGCGCACAGUACUGGAGAGCCGCGAAGAGGCCGUUGCUGUAGUCAAUGGCACCGACGAGAAGCAGAGACUCCUAGUCAUUGUGGGACCCUGUUCGAUCCACGAUCCUAAAGCCGCUCUAGAAUACUGUGAUAUGCUUCUAAAAGAGAAGGAGAAACACAAGGAUGAGCUGCUUAUAAUUAUGCGUGCCUAUCUGGAGAAGCCCAGAACAACUGUAGGCUGGAAGGGCCUGAUCAACGAUCCAGAUAUCGACAACAGCUUCCAGAUCAACAAGGGUCUCCGUAUGUCGAGGCAGCUCUUCGUCGAUCUGACCGACAAGGGGAUGCCCAUUGCUAGCGAAAUACUCGACACCAUAUCACCACAGUUCGUGGCUGAUGUCUUAUCCGCAGGCGCUAUCGGUGCCAGGACGACGGAGAGUCAAUUACAUCGUGAGAUAGCUAGCGGCUUGUCGUUCCCAGUGGGUUUCAAAAAUGGAACCGAUGGUACGCUAGGUGUCGCAAUUGAUGCCAUUGGAGCUGUGAAGCAUCCUCAUCACUUUCUUUCCGUUACCAAGCCCGGUGUUGUGGCUAUCGUAGGCACUGUAGGAAACGAGGACUGCUAUGUCAUUCUCAGGGGUGGAAAAAAGGGUACCAACUACGAUGCCAACAGCAUCGCCGAGGCCAAAGAGGCUUUAAAGAAGUCAGGAGUAAACCAACGACUCAUGAUAGACUGCAGUCACGGCAAUUCGGAGAAAAACCACAAGAACCAACCUAAGGUUGCUGCGAGCAUCGCAGAGCAGUUAUCAAAAGGCGAGACUGGAAUUAUGGGUGUUAUGAUUGAGAGUCAUAUCAACGAAGGUAACCAGAAAGUGCCAAAGGAGGGAAAGGCGGGUUUGGCCUACGGAGUAAGUAUCACCGACGCCUGUAUUGGCUGGGAAGAUACAGUCUCAGUGCUCGACUCGCUUGCCAAUGGUGUUAAGGAAAGGCGGAAGGUGACCAGCACAAAUGGUCAGUAGUCAGCUCAAAUUUGCAAAAGGCAAGUCUCAACAUUCCUCUGGUGGGUCGUGUAGAUAAAAGGUGCAAUAUCAGAAAAGGAUAGGAGGAACACAAAAAGGGUAUGGGAGUUAUGGUAUCAAGCUGCAGCAAUGAGUAUAUCCUUCCUGGGUGAAAUAGCAAGUAACAUGGCAAAAACACUUGGACAUAGCGCUGUUUUGUCACGAGAUCUUAUUCAACAACUAUGGUCGAAUCAAUUGAAGCGAAAUGGUAGCGGCGUCAACAGCCGACCUAGAUUGUAAACAUGCAAUUACAUUAU